UUUCUUUUUCUCCUUUUAUUAAUUCUAUCCCACUUCUCAUAGUAUUUGUAUUUCUACCUGAUCUCCACCGCCCCUCUCUCUCUUUAGGUUUCUCUCACUUCACCGCAAAGUAUCUCCUCUGAUAUUGCUUUGCCCAGACUUCAUCCAAGUCUGCCUGAAUAAGGGUUUUAUUAUCAUAUAAAUUAUUACAUAUGUUUGAACUUUUUGUCAAUCUCUCUCAUACAAGUUGUAGUGGAAAAAAUUGGAGCUAUAUAUGACUAUUGUGUGUGAUAGUAAAGAUUAUUACUCCUACAAGAAAGCGUUCAACGUUGCUGUGUUUGAGUAGGUGGAAUUUCAUAGUAAUUUAAUAUAUAUAUAUAUAUAUAUAUAUAUAUAUAUUUUUUCUGUGUGUGUAAUAAUAAACCGGUAGAUAUAGAUAUGGAUGUCUAAUCACUUCUUGGAUUCUGGUCAAUAGUACUCCAUUCUUACUGUAGAUCUCAAGAAAUAUUUCCUCUCUCUCUCUCUCUCUACCUCAAUUCAAUCCCGUUCUUGUCAGACACUAGUACAAAAUAUCCUGCUAAAUUUACCGGAAACAAGAAAUAAUUCAUUUGUAGCGAGAGAGAAGAAGAAGAUAGAUGUAAGUGUGAGAAUGGCGGGAUACGACUCCGGUUCAUCUCGCUACGUUCAUCAGCUUCUGACAAACCCUACUUCAGAAAUGGAGCCUUCAGCAGAUUCCAAGGAAUCCCCACAGGAUAAGGAUCAGGAAACCGCCGCCACCACCAGCUCCGGGGGCACCAACCGGCGCCCCCGGGGGCGGCCCCCUGGCUCCAAGAACAAGCCCAAGCCGCCGAUCAUAGUCACGCGCGACAGCCCCAAUGCGCUGCGCUCCCACGUGCUCGAGGUCUCCUCGGGAACCGACGUCGUCGAGAGCGUCUCCGUCUACGCGCGCCGCCGCGGGAGGGGCGUCUGCGUGCUCAGCGGCGGCGGCACCGUCACCAACGUCACGCUCCGCCAGCCCGGGGCUGGGGCCCCGGGGGCCGUGGUGACACUGCACGGCCGCUUCGAGAUCCUCUCCCUCUCCGGGACAGUGCUGCCGCCGCCUGCGCCUCCGGGGGCGGGCGGGCUCUCGAUUUUCUUAUCUGGGGGGCAGGGCCAGGUCGUGGGGGGCAGCGUGGUGGCGCCGCUCGUGGCGUCGGGGCCGGUGGUGUUGAUGGCGGCGUCCUUCGCGAAUGCGGUGUUUGAGCGGCUGCCGCUGGAGGAGGAGGAGGGGGGCGCCCCCGCCGCCGCGCAGCCGCAGCCUAGUGCGUCGCAGUCGUCCGGUGUCACGGCUGGCGGCGGAGGCCGAGGGGGUCAUAUGGGUGAGAGUGGCGGUGGUGAUGGCGGUGGCGGCGAUGGCUCGUUUCUCAACUCGGGCGGCGGAGGCGGGGGGAAUGCAACGCCGACGCCCGGUAAUUAUCCGUUCUCGGCGGAGCUUUUUGGAUGGGGCAGCGGCGGAAGCGGCAGCGGCGGUGCGGGAAGGCCGCCAUUUUGAUGAUCAGCGGAAUUAAUUAACGUUUCUUGAGAUGUAUUACUAUUUUGUGUUAGCUUUAUUUCAUGUGGUAUUAAUGAGAAGGUUUGGGCAAAAUGUGAGGGGAAAAAACAGUUUUUUGUUUGUGAAAUUUACUAGUAUGUGACAUAGUAUAGAGUUUGAUGAAAAUUGGGAGGAAAUUAACAAAAAAGAGGUGUUAUGAGAUGAGAUUUUUUAUAAAUGGAAGAGAUGAAGGGAGAUGGAGUGCAGCAGAUCAUGAUGAAUGUGAAGCAUUUCUGCAAGGUCAGUAGGUUGCACCCUAUGCUUAGAUUGUAGUACUAUUUGGACAGCUUUGACUAUUGCUUUGAUGAUUUAUAGCCUGUGUAGCAGUUAUAGUGUGCGCACUUUGUUUAUUAGGACAUUCUAAUUUGCUCUUGGCAGUAGCACAUUUGAUGUAUCAUAUAUCACAUUAUUGGUAAUUGCAUUUGCAUGUCUUGUCUUCCUAUUCCAAUAUGAUGUCCUACUCAGAUUGAACUCCA